CGGAAGGGGUUGCGGAUGGCGUCACGUGGGCGGGCCGGCCGGGCGGGGUCACGUGGCCGCCGGUGGCGGCGGGUCCGGGGGCGGCGGGACCAUGAACGCGGAGCGGGACCUGGCGCCGCUGGCGCCCAGCGUGGUGCGGGCGCUGAACGACAAGCUGUACGAGAAGAGGAAGGUGGCGGCCCUGGAGAUCGAGAAGUGAGGGGCGGGUUGUGCCGGCUGGUGCGAGAGUUUGUGGCUCAGAACAACACAUCUCAGAUCAAACAUGUGAUCCAGAUCCUGUCGCAGGAAUUCGCUCUCUCCCAGCACCCCCACAGCCGGAAAGGGGGGCUCAUUGGCCUGGCCGCUUGCUCCAUUGCCCUGGGCAAGGACUCUGGGCUCUACCUGAAGGAGCUGAUUGAGCCGGUGCUGACGUGUUUCAACGAUGCCGAUAGUCGGCUGCGGUACUACGCUUGCGAGGCCCUCUAUAACAUCGUCAAGGUGGCCAGGGGCUCCGUCCUCCCACACUUCAAUGUGCUCUUUGAUGGCCUCAGCAAGCUGGCUGCUGAUCCUGACCCAAACGUCAAAAGUGGCUCUGAGCUCCUCGAUCGGCUUCUCAAGGACAUCGUGACAGAGAGCAACCAGUUUGACUUGGUAGGCUUCAUCCCACUGCUGCGGGAGAGGAUUUACUCCAACAACCAGUAUGCCCGACAGUUCAUCAUAUCCUGGAUCCUGGUCUUAGAGUCUGUGCCUGACAUCAACCUCUUGGAUUACCUGCCAGAAAUCCUAGAUGGGCUCUUCCAGAUCCUGGGAGACAACAGCAAGGAGAUACGGAAAAUGUGUGAGGUGGCUCUCGGGGAAUUCCUCAAGGAGAUCAAGAAGAAUCCCUCCAGUGUCAAAUUUGCAGAAAUGGCAAAUAUCCUGGUGAUCCACUGCCAGGCAGCGGAUGACCUGAUCCAGCUGACAGCCAUGUGCUGGAUGAGGGAGUUCAUCCAGCUGGCUGGCCGGGUGAUGCUGCCUUACUCCUCAGGGAUCCUGACCGCUGUCCUGCCGUGUCUCUCCUACGACGAUCGCAAGAAGAACAUCAAGGAGGUUGCGAAUGUGUGCAACCAGAGCCUGAUGAAGCUGGUCAUCCCAGAGGAUGAUGAAAUGGAUGAGACCAAGCAGUCAAUGACCCUACCGGCAGAGCCCACCUCGCAGGAGUCCCUCUCCAAGACAGAGGCAGCAUCCAGUGGCUCUCUGGAUGCAUCUGGUGACUCCAACUUCAGCAACAGCAGUGUCUUCACUGUGACCAGCUCCGAGAGGAUCCAGGUGACCCUGAACCUGGAUGGAAUAGUUCAGGUGCUGGACUGCCACCUUCAUGACACGUCCAUUGGGAUGAUGACCAGAAUUGCAGUCUUGAAAUGGCUCUACCAUUUGUACAUCAAGACUCCUCGUAAGAUGUUCCGACACACUGACAGCCUCUUCCCUAUCUUGCUCCGGACCCUCUCAGAUGAGUCGGAUGAGGUUAUCCUGAAGGACCUGGAAGUUCUGGCUGAAAUUGCAUCUUCCCCAGCAGGACAGACAGAGGGUCACGGUCCCUCUGACAGCUCCGAUGUGCGACCUGGCCCGGUGGAACUUCACAUCCCAGCCAGGACCAGCCAGCUGAGCUCCUCUGGUACAAAAGGCUUGGAAUGCUCGCCCUCUACCCCCACCAUGAACUCCUACUUCUACAAGUUCAUGAUCAACCUGCUGAAGCGCUUCAGCAGCGAACGGAAACUUCUGGAGACCAGAGGCGCCUUCAUCAUAAGGCAGCUUUGUCUACUUCUGAACGCAGAGAACAUCUUCCACUCUAUGGCAGACAUACUGCUUCGGGAAGAGGAUCUCAAGUUCGCCUCUACCAUGGUCCACACCCUGAACACCAUCCUGCUGACAUCCUCUGAGCUCUUCCAGCUGAGGAACCAACUGAAGGAUCUGAGGACCCCGGAAAGCCGUAACCUCUUCUGCUGCCUGUACCGGUCCUGGUGUCACAACCCUGUGACAACCGUGUCCCUCUGCUUCCUUACCCAGAACUACAAGCACGCCUACGACCUCAUCCAGAAAUUCGGGGAUCUGGAGGUCACCGUGGAUUUCCUCACCGAGGUGGACAAGCUGGUGCAGCUCAUUGAGUGCCCCAUAUUCACAUAUCUCCGCCUGCAGCUGCUGGAUGUGAAGAACAACCCCUACCUGAUCAAGGCUCUCUAUGGCCUCCUGAUGCUGCUGCCCCAGAGCAGUGCCUUCCAGCUCCUCUCGCACCGCCUGCAGUGUGUCCCCAACCCCGAGCUCAUGCAGACCACGGACAGCACCAAACCGAGCACUGGCUUCAAGAGGAUGACAGCCUCCAAUAUCGACUACACAGAGCUGCUGCAGCACUUUGAGAAGGUCCAAAACAAGCACCUGGAAGCGCGGCACCAGCGAGCCGGGCGGGCAGAGCAGCUGGACCGGCGGGUGGUCCUCUGAGCAUCCCCACGGCAGCCACGGGUGUGCACAGUUGCUGGGGCAGGGACCAGGGGACACAGACCAGGGGACAGGGAUACCGGUUGCUGGCCACCGGAGGAUGCAGUGGGGUUAGUCGCAGAGGGAGACGCGCAAGCGCUUGGCAUAGGGCUGGUUUUACUCGCCACUCUGUGUGUGUAGAUGGUGGGGGACCCUGAGGCUGUGCUCACCUUCUCCUGUGGGCGAUGCAGGGACAUGGGGAAUGGUCACAAGAGGCGAGGGGCAAGGAAAAGCACCUCAUCUUCUCUUGCAAUAGGGCAAGGAAACUCCCCUUUGCUUUGCUAAUGCCUUCCCCGUGACUGUCAGCUGAGCGCCCAGCCUCCUGCCAGCAAGACCGGAGGGGAAGGGAAGACGGGAGCAACCCCUGGCCUCCCGCCCUGGAAAACAAGCACGCGGGGCCGCCGGCCACCUCUUGCCACCCCUACUUCCACCUUCCAGCUCUGAGGCUGUGUCGGAGGCUGCUGUUGGCACUUCACCCUGAGACUCACACUCCCGUGUGUGGAACUCAGUCCUCUCCCUGCGUCCACCACCCUCCCCAAGCCCCCAGCUCUUGGCACGGACGAUGGCACAGCCUUAACUCCCAGCCGGCACUGGGGACACGGGGGGUGGUGCAGGCCCCAUUGCAACCAGCCCAGGACUCAAUUCUUUAUUCCUACAUUAAAUUCCCCACAAUAAAAUACACAACUGAUGCAGA